AUGAAAUGUCAAGACACUUUUUAUUUUGAAAAGUCAACAAAACAAUGUGAAGGUUGUGACUCAAGUUGUUUGACGUGUUUUGAUACAUCAACCAAAUGUCUGAGUUGUCCACAUAACACGUUUUUGUCAAAUUACAAAUGUAACACAAAUAAAAAUUUAGAACUUACGUGUGACCAGUUUGCAAGUUUUGGAAGUGGCUGUGUUGCGUGUAAAGAUGGGUAUUAUAGAAUAGGACUUGAUUGUUUUGGAUGUGAUCAAAAAUGUAAAACAUGUAACAAUAAAUACAGUUGUCUUACCUGCAAUUUAACGAAUUACAAAACAAAUAGUGGUGACUGUUUACCACAGAAUGAUAUCAUCGGGUGUGCUGUGAAUGUGACACAAAGUGGGUGUUCAAAGUGUCAAGAUGGGUAUUAUAUAAUCAAUACAAAUGAGUGUCAAGAAUGCAAUAACAACUGUAAUACAUGUACAUUAUCAAGCAACAAAUGUACUUCAUGUAAUAAUUCACUUGUGUUACUUACCAAUGGAAGUUGUGUUGGUCUCUCACGAAUAUUCAAAUGCAAAGAAAUCACAAAGUCAAAAUGUUCAAAGUGUUCUUUUUGGUAUAAACCAAGUAAAGAUGGCACAUCGUGUGAAUCACAAAUAGUUUGGUGGGUCAUUUUUGUUGCAGUAAUGUGUGUACUUAUUGUGUUUAUUAUAUUGAUUGUAUCACUUGUCAUUGUAACCAAAAACAUUCUAAAGAAACUCCACAUACACAAAAUCGAGAAGACAACAACACUCUUUGCAAUGAACAAAUCGAACAUUAACUUUGUCCCUCUCCAAGGUGGUGUCUGUGUUUCAUCAAAUGUAAUUGACUUGAAUUCAGACAUCGAGCAAAUUGAAGUUAACAAAGAGACCCGGCAGGUCUUGUGUGUCGGUAACACAAACAAAAACACCACCAAAUUACAAUUCACAAUUUCAUCGAACAUCACAAAAUUUACAAUUCGUGUUGAUCCAGAAGUUGUCACAAUUAAAAGCGGCUAUGCAUGUGAGUUCUCUGUAUAUGUCAAGCCAUUGUGUUCUUGUAAAAUCAACAGCACAAUUCAAUUGGUUUCGAAAAAUCUUAAAACAAAUGAAGAGAAAUAUAACAAAAUCUCACUUUUUGGUGUGACACAACAGACUACUCGAAUUGAUUGCGAAGAAUUGAUCGAAGACAAAAAACUUGGUGAAGGAUCGUGUGGUAUUGUUUACAAAGGAAGUUUUAGAGGAAAUGUUGUUGCUAUAAAAAAGAUGAAAAGUGUUUUAAAUGAUAAUAAGUCGAUGGAUGAAUUUGAAAAUGAAGUGUCAAUGCUUGAUAAAUUUAGGUGUGAUAAUAUCGUCCACUUCUUUGGCGCCGUUUUCAUACCAAAUAAG